ACGGGUUCUACCAGAUGUAUUCGGGCGCUUUCUCACGCUCAGGCUCAGCAGAACAGUAGCACUUAAAAUUUUGUUUUUGCAGGCUAAAACCAUUGGUUUACUCUUUGUGUACAUAGGGGCGAACGGGAAUGGCCACCGAGGAAGACAGCGCGGUGAAGGAGCCCUUGGAUCUGAUAAGGCUUAGCCUCGACGAGCGUAUUUACGUCAAGCUCCGUUCCGACCGUGAGCUCCGUGGCAAGCUCCAUGCAUAUGAUCAGCAUUUGAAUAUGAUUCUGGGGGAUGUUGAAGAGAUUGUUACAACAGUUGAAAUAGAUGAUGAAACCUAUGAAGAGAUUGUUCGGACUACGAGGCGUACAGUUCCGUUCCUCUUUGUUAGAGGAGAUGGAGUCAUACUGGUUUCUCCACCUCUACGCACUGCUUGAUUGGGAGGACGGAGUUUCAAGCACACGAAGGAAUCACCUUGUGCCAAAUUUACUACUAAGCUACUGCUCGUUUAUCAUUGACCCUAUUGUUACGUAUUUAGGGAACAGUGGAGUUUUUGCACAUUUUUAGAUCAUUGGGCAAUUGACUUUGUUGAUCUACCUUUUGACGGAAGAGAUAAUGUUCCCCCACCAUUUAUAGUUUUCAUGCUUAACGUGAUAAAUUUUGGAGGUAAAA